CAAAAAAAUUGCUUAUAUAAACUCAUUUCAUGUGACAUUAAGUUUGUAUCAUUUCAUAAUAUCAUAUCAUAUCUUUUUAUAUUAUAAUUAGAGAGAAAAAACAAUGGCUUCUAUUGGAAAGCUUGAGGUAGAUGUAGAAGUGAAGAGUAAUCCAGAGAAGUUCUGGAACAGCAUUAGGGAAUCAGACAAGCUCUUUCCUAAGGCAUUCCCUGAGUUAUACAAGAGCAUUGAGGUCCUUGAAGGUGAUGGCAAGGAUGUCGGAUCGGUUCGCCUCGUCAAAUUUGCUGAAGGAAUUCCCCUGAUUACUAUGUCAAAGGAGAAGGUCGACGUGGUAGACGAAGCAAAGAAGACAGUAGGAUACUCUGUAGUUGAAGGCGACAUACUUACCUUCUACAAGAGUUUCAAGGCACAACUCGCAGUCGAACCGAAAGAUGAAGGAAGCUUGGUGAAAUGGUCAUGUGAAUUCGAGAAGGCCAAAGAUGAUGCCCCUGACCCUGAAAUCAUUUUCAAGGCUUUUGCUGUCAAAACUUUCCAAGACCUCGAUGCUUAUCUUCUUAAGGCCUGAUUAAUCUAACAACUCUAUAUAAUGCUUAUGCAUUUGGUUCAUUUGGUACUACUAUUAUGUGAAGUAUUAUACAAAGUAGUAAAAUGUGCGAAGUUUCAAACUUUCUAGAGAAUAAAAGUCCAGUGUAACCUUAAUUUGCAAUAUCAAUUAAGCCUUGUUGUAAUGCUAGGCUAUAUGUAAACAUCAAGUUUUAUUAUUGAUCCAUGUUAGUUGUACGUA